CUACUUUCCAAAACAUAUCGCAUUCUUAAUUCAUCUCACAAUCAUCUCACUAUCCAGCAGUCUGCACAUAUUUCCUUUCACUCGAAGAAGACUUCAACCGGUAAACCUGAAAAAGUGACGUUUUGGCUUUCAAAGCCUUCCACUGUGACACAUUAACAGAAAGGGGAAGACAACGGUUGUAAGAGGAAGAGAAAGACAGACACUGUUGAAAGCACGCUUCUGUCAAUGGCUUUUUCAUUCCUUUCUAACCGUUCUGCACAAUGACAUGAAGCAAAGAACAAGAGAAAAAAAGGAAGAGAAGGGAAGUAAGUCUCCAAAAGAUGUGACUGUUACUUCACCACAGAAACACAGAGUGGAGAUCAAGACGAAGAUAAACGCAAAUGGUCACGGCAGACUCUGAAGACCUACGUCACUGCUGAAAGUGGACUACAACACAAACUAGAGUGUGUUAUAAACGGACAACACACUUUCAAGGACAUCCAGCAUCUAAACACUGGAUUAAAAGAUUGAAUUUUUUAAGGACAACAUCUACUGAUGCAAAUACCAGAACAAAACCUUCUUCUGAAACAGUACAUCUGUGGGAAAAAUACAGCAUAAGACAGAAAGAACAGCAAAAAUAAAGUAAAUACAAUAACUGAACCCAACUUUGAAAGAAACUUUGAAUAUUUUAGUCAAGUGCCGACACACCAAAAAACAAAUACCUAAUUAAUUUAUACUACAAAUUACAUCAUAUUUGUUUCGGAGCAGUGCUCACACUUCGCCCUCAAAAUUGAACUCAAGAUUGAUACCAGCACCAGUUACUGCGACAACCGUAAUCUUCAAGGAAGAACUUCACCAUUUUCUUCAGAAGCGUGUGAAUGAGCUCCAUUUCAGAGAAAACCUCGAAACCUCGUAAAGUCAUAGGGUUACCCAGCCUGGAACAAAAUAAUUAAUUCUUUUGUACAUCAGCAAGACGUACCCCGAUAUCGAGUUGAUGAAAGGGUUAAGCUACAGCACCUUCUGCACAAUGAGCAGAAUUAAUCAUACAGUGUUUGCACUGAUUUUUGUCAUCCUAUUUCUUAAGUUUCCUCCUGUUCCUGGCCAAACUGUAACAUCACAGCAGGCUUUGAAAGAAGAUGUAAACAGUCAAACCACAGAAGUAGGUGUCACAGAGCCUUUGGAGGAGACAUCGCAUCCACCUGAAGCCACUUCCCCAACUCUCAAUGAAACCUUUAUUUCAUCUGUGGAACAAACCACUGCUGUGGGAACUACUUCUGGGCCUGGUCUGGGAACAUCGCCCUCUCAUUUCUCGACCAUCAUUCCUACUCCAGAGACAACGGCCGAGGCUGUUAGGCCGAGCACUGCUGCUGCCGCUCCACAAAAAGCAGAGAACGUAACGACAGAGGGCAUCUCAACAGAAUCUACGACCCCUCCUAAAAUUUUCACAUCCAGUCCUUCCAUCACAGCAACUGAAUUUAACCAGAAAACAGAAAGAAGCACAACUGAAGAUGUUUCUGAAAACAUCACUGUCACUUCUGCAACCCAUCUCAUUCUUUUGGAGACAACAAGUCCCACUCCCGCUGUCACCCAUGCUCAGUCCGCUUCUCCUGCGGAGACGAGCUCAACUCUUAAUCCUGUCCACACAAUUUUUACCACCCCCGCCAAUAGAAGUGGUUCAACGCCAUGGAUUUUAAUAAUUAUUUUGAUUGUCUGCAUUAUCUGUGUGGUGUUGAUAAUCACAGCAUGCGUCAACAAGAGGAAGAAGAAGAGGUCAGAAACCUUUAGGUCCAGCUUAAGAAAUGGAGGCAGCCAUAAGGCCAAAAAGAAGAAAGGCGCAGGGUCAGAUGCCUGGGCGGGACCCGUGGCUCUCAAUGGAGACAAGGACUGGGAGGCAGCAGCAGAGGAUGGAGGGAAAGGGGAGGAGACACUCAAACAAGGGGAUGAGGUGGAGGUUGUACUGAGCACGUUCACAGCUCAAGACAAGGAGGACGGAAAGGGUGACGCAGGAGAGGACAGGGUGAGACCGAAGGACGAGGACAACAAGGCAGAAGAAGUGCCACUGUUGUCCUCGGCCAAGGAUCCAGAGGAGGAGAUACCCCUUCCUGAACCCCUAGAGGGUAGGGAAGGUGAGGAAGACGAAGGUGAGACUUUCUGUAUGACAUCUGCUGUGUAAUAGUAAAGACAAGAUAUGUCUGGAACCAAGUGAAGAUCUACAGACUCUAAGUGGACAGUGCAGCGACGUGCUGGGGAACGCUGGGGCCUCACACUUCCCCGGUCGCGUGUCUAAGACAUGUGGCUUCAUGAACUGGUGACUCUAAAUUGCACUUGGUGGACCGAACGCCCUGCAGUGGACAGGUGUCCUGUCCAGGAUGGACAUGGCCAUGAACACUGGGCUUAUUAUUGCAAACCUAAUUUUGAUUGUGAAAGGUUACAUCAACGUGUACUGUAAUUGCCAAUUUUUCUGUUUUUUUUUUUUUAAUUCAAGCUUCCAGAUGGGAUGUAAUGUAUUUGCUUCUUAAUGAAAAUAUGAUUCUAUUAAUGCCACUUUUUUUGCUGCUCUUUUUUUGUAAACCACAUUUUCGUACACAUAAGGAGCUCAUUUGCUUCAAACUGGUGGCUAAUUCUUGUGCUUUUAAAAGCAGUGGCUAUAAAGGAAUUAGUUGCCCCAACCUGAACCACUGAGACGUUGCAGUUUACUGUAAAUUGUGGUCGUAGAUGGAAUGAGGAUCAAUCUCAGGAGCUGUCAUUAUUUUUCUGCUCUUUUGCUGUUGUUAGGGUUUGACAAAAUGCUACUGUCUUGAGAUAAAUAAUAAAUGUAUAAU